AUGAGCAGGCAAUGCUGCACCUCUAAAUCCUUUAAUGGGAGACGGAAUUAUAUUUCUAGCGGUGGGCUCCAUGCGGGCAGCAAUGUGUCCUCCUCCUUCCGCCUCCUUGAGCAUAGCAGGAGAUACUCCGGAGCAAACCUGAGCAGUGGACAGGGCUACAGGGCUGCACCUUUUGGCUACAGUCUUGGGCCAGUGGGCUUUGGUGCUGGAAUUGCAAAGAAUGAGGGAUUUAGCAGCCAAAGUGCAGGGACCAACAGCCAGGCCAGAGCAGCUGGCAAUCAAAGCAGCGGCCAUCACAGACAUGAAGCAUUCAGCAGCCAGAGUCUUGGUGGUGGGAAUAGUCAUGGCAGACGCUAUCGGCCAGAAGGUUUCAGCACUCGAAGUCUGGGUGGCAAUGUCAGACGUGCUGUCGGUGUGAACUAUGAAUGCCUUAGCCGCUUUGGGGAAGGGAGGGGCAUCCAUACAGUCCGAAUCAACCCAAACCUGUUGCAGCCUCUUAGGAUCCAGAUUGAUCCAGAGAUUUCUCGAGUGAAGGAGGAGGAGCGGGAGCAGAUCAAAACCCUCAACGAUAAGUUUGUCUCCUUCAUUGAUAAGGUCAAGUACUUGGAGCAACAGAAUAAGCUUCUGGAAACCAAAUGGAACUGCCUGCAGCAGCAGGAACCUGUGGAGAAGGCCAACAUUCAGCCUCUCUUUGAAAAUUACAUCACAUCCUUGAAGCAGCAGCUGCAGCGGCUGCUGAAUGAAAGGGAACAGCUGCAAUUGGAGCAGUCAAAAUUCCAGGAUAUGGUUGAAGAGUUCAAAAGCAGGUAUGAAGAGGAAAUCAACCACCGGAUAAGUGCAGAAAAUAAUUUUGUGCUGCUAAAAAAGGAUGUUGAUAUUGCCUAUAGCAACAAAGUUGAUCUAGAAGUGAAAGUGGAAUCAUUGAGACAGGAGCUCAACUUCAUCCAAUGUGUCUUUGAAGCUGAAUUAGCACAGCUCAGUAACAAUGUUUAUGACACUAACAUCCUCUUGCAAAUGGACAACAGCCGAGACUUGAACAUUGACAGCAUCAUCAAAAGUGUGGAAGCAUGGUAUAAAAAUGUUGCCCAAGGGAGCAAAGAAGAAGUGAAUGCUUUUUAUGAAAACCGAUUCCAGGAGCUUCAGCAACAGAGAGGGAAAUAUUCUCAAACUCUGAAGAUCAACCAGCAAGAGAUUGCAGAUCUGACUCGUCUGGUUCAUAAACUGCAGUCCGAACAUGAUAUUAUUAAAAAACAGGUUAAUAGUUUCCAAACAUCCGUUUGUGAGAUUGAGCAGCAUGGAGACUGCGCUCUGAAAGAUGCCCGGGAUAAGCAUAUUGAUCUGCAAAUUGCUGUACAGAAGGCCAAGGAUGAUUUAGCAAGGCUGCUAAGGGAUUACCAAGAGCUUCUGAACACCAAGCUUGCUCUUGACAUUGAAAUUGCUACUUAUAAGACAUUGCUGGAGGGAGAAGAGACCAGGAUACAUUUGGGAAAUCCUGUCUGUAUAGGUGUGAUCAAACCUGGGAUAGAAAGUGCAGUUGGAUCCUCAUUUUCAAGUGGAUAUGGUCCUCUGGGUGGAGGAUAUGGUGGAGGAUAUGAUAUGGGAUUUGGUAAAGGAUAUGGAGUGGGUGGCCAGGGGAGAAGCAAUAGGAACUUCAGCUCCAGAAGUGCUGGAUUUGAUCAAAAUACUGGAAGGAGCAAUAUAGCUACUGGGAAUAGAUCAGCAGAUGCAGAGUACUACCAAGGAAAAGGAUGUAGCUAUAGGAAUGAGUCCUGCUCUGGUCAUCCCUCUGCAGUCAUGCGCCAGUUCUCAACAGAAGAGGCUGGUAGAGGUGCUGGCCAUGGCCCAGGUGCAGGAUUUAGCUCCAGAACUGCCUAUGGAUCAGUUUGCGGUGGAGGAAGGGGAUAUGGGUCUACAACUGUGGUAGGGAAUUGCCCAGAUGGAAACUACCCUCGUGGAGGUUAUGAACCCUCAGGGGUGGCUGCAUUUGGGGAUGGAGGGUGGUACUCUCGGGCAGGAGUCCCAAUGGGGGGUGCAGCUGAAGGAAACCCUGCCUCUGUAGGAAUAGGUGGGGCAGCAGGAGGUCCUGCAGGAGUGUGUUACUCUGGACCACUAGGAACUUCUGCAGGGAUGUGUUAUGCUGCACCAGCCGUAACACCUGCAGGGGUGUGUUAUGCUGCACCAGCAGGACCAUCUUCAGGGGUGUGCUAUGCUGUACCAGUAGGAACUUCUGGAGGACUGUGUUACCCUACAGCUGUAAGAGUUUUUUAAAGAGAUUGGGACAGUCUUAUUUUUAACAAUCAGUAAUCAAUCUACUAUAAAGCUGACAGCACAAUAAAAAUUCAAAAACGUCUCCUAAACCCUUUGGGACAAUGCCCAUGACGAGUUAUCCAUUCUGUAUUUGUAUCUUAGUGAAUCUAUUAUUUUAAGCAAGACAUUUGCCACAGAAUCAUAUACGUUCCUUCUAUCAAGUCAGCCAUUGUUCCAUGUAGUUUUGGCACUGGCUGUUUUCUUAAACCUACUCUUACUAACAUUUUAUACUAAUGUUUUAUUCACAUAUUUGUAUUAACUGGAAAACAAAUGCAUUGGUUUAGAAGAGGGGUUGCCUUAUUUUUUGAAAAAGUUAUUUAAACUAAUUUGACUUUUUACUCCAAAUUUAUUUUAUUGUUAUUGCUAUAUAGCUAAUGCAAGCAUACAUUUGACAUUCCAAAAUAUUUAUUCCUUUCUGAUGCUUAGAUUACUUUGCUUUCCCGCUUAGACUUCUUGUAGGAUUGUGCGAGUCUGUUUAACAAAUGGAGUAUGCUAGCAUAAGUAGAAAGCAAAAUGUUACAAGGAGAACUUAAUUUCAGAAAUCAGAAUUAACCCAAACAGCAACUGUUAUGUCCCGAGCCUUUGCAAACGGCUCGGGCGUUUGCAGGCAGUCCCGGGCAGGUGCAAAGCUGCCCGGGA